ACGUGACCCGACCCGCAGACCGGCCACGGCCAGCGAAGAAGGGUUCCUCUGACUGGGCGAGGCUGCCAUGGCGGCGGCUGAGGCUGACACCGAGACGGCGGCGGCGCUGCGGGCGGAGGUCGCCACGCUGCGGACGCGCGUACAGGAGCUGGAGGCAGAGAACCAGAGGCUGGCCAGGAUUGCUUCGAGCUGUACAUGCGGAUUCAAGGAGAGCAAUGUUGGAUCCAUUACUGCACAGCAUAAUGCAAAAUUUCGUCAAAGUAGCACUUUGGAGAAAGACUUGAGCUUUCAAUUUGAUCACACAGUAGUAUCCACUGCAAAUGAAGUACAGUGCAAUGUAAAUGCAGAAGGCAAUGGUUUGCCAGAUGAUUCAAGCAAACGUACAAAAAGAACAGGUCGACAUGUGGGGAAUUUAAGUCACUGCCCAAAGCGACUAGUUGCUCUCAAAGUCAUGUACUUCGGACAGAGAUUCUAUGGUUUUUCUUCGGAAGGUAACACUGAGCCAACAGUUGAGUCUGAGAUAUUUAAAGCACUGGAAAGAGCAAAACUUAUGGUUGGCAGUAGGAAAGAAUCAUGCUAUUCGAGGUGUGGAAGAACUGACAAAGGAGUUUCUGCUACUGGACAGGUGAUUUCCUUAUAUCUGCGAUCGAACAUAAAGGAUGUUGGAGGGGACAUGUUAGAUGAAAGAUCCGAAAUUGAUUAUGUGAAGGUAUUGAAUAGAAUUCUUCCAAGAGAUAUACGUGUACUAGGUUGGUGUCCUGUUCCAGCAGAUUUUCAUGCAAGAUUCACCUGUUUGAGCCGGGAAUAUAAAUACUUAUUUUGGAAGGGGGACUUGGAUAUAUUGGAAAUGCAGAAAGCUGCAUCCAAAUUCAUUGGAGAACAUGACUUUAGAAAUUUUUGUAAAAUGGAUGCAGCAAAUGUGAGUAACUACAGGCGGCGCAUUACAGAAUUUACUAUUUCUGCAUGUGACAGAAGGUCCAACAAUGAUGAGCUGUGCUCCAUGAUGAUCAAGGGUAGCGCUUUCCUGUGGCAUCAAGUUCGUUGCAUGGUAGCUGUGCUAUUUCUAAUAGGUCAAGGCCUUGAGUCACCAUCUGUAGUUGAUUCACUAUUGGAUAUUACAAAAACUCCUAGGAAACCUCAAUAUAAAAUGGCGCCAGAGCUUCCAUUGAUUUUACGAUCUUGUCUAUUUGAUAAAGCCAACUUUAUGUGCUCAUCAGAUGCCAGCCAGUCUCUGACUGAACACUUCAACGAUGAAUAUCAUCAUCAUAUGCUCCAAGCUGAAAUAUUUCACAUAGCGUCAUCAUGUUUACCUUUUCCAGAACCAAAUUCAUUAGAAACGCUUCAGAAGAAGAGGAACCAUAUUCCUCUCCUGUCACGACAAACAGAGCCUUCUUAUGAGGAGCGUAUAUCAAAAGUCAAAACAAAGGUGGCUGAUAAUCUCAAGUAGAGCGUCUGUUUUGAAUUGUUACACCAAUACUUUGAAGAGAACUGAUGGAACUGUUGAAGAUUUGUGCUUCUUAGUGCAAAUUCUGGCACAAACAAAAGCCUACAUGUAUGCUCAGAUAAUUUUACUAUUUUAUUUCACUCUGGAGCCAUGCAUUUGUUCUUCCAUAGAUAUUUUGCUAUUGUAGGAGGCAAUCUCUUUAUGCCAGUCUUCGCUUCUUAAGCUUGGCAGGCUUAUGAUGUGCACGGUUUGAUGGCAGAAUUGGAUCUGUUAACAUGUGGAGAUGGAAACUAUCAGGAAACAUGAGCUGAGUGGAUUUCACCAUUUUGAGGUGCUAGAGAAUUGGAUCUGUUAACAUGUGGAGAUGGAAACUAUCAGGAAACGUGAGCUAAGUGGGUUUCACCAUUUUGAGGUGCUAGGGCGUGCUGCCUAUCUUAGAUUCUUAGCUGUUCUUGUCGUCAGCAAUUAGAAUGUAGAACAUAUACAGACUAAAACAUAUGAAGCCCCACAUUUUGGGUAUUGUCAUGUUGUUCUCACAUGCUGGUGUACCAAACCUGUACUAAGCAUCUCUUACAAAGAGGGGUGUCAAAGCCAUGGAUGUUUUUUUUAGCAAAUGGGACAAGCUAUAUAAGAAAUGUUUCAUGUGGGUUUUGUAUUUCCAGCUGGAUUAUUUAGGUUACUUGCAUUCGCA